AUGGUUAUGGAAUGCGUCACUUUAUUGAUCACGCGGGAACGACAAAUUAAAGUCGGCAACUCAUGUUGCUGUCAAUCGAAUAGUGCGCCGAACGAUGCCACAAAUAUCCCGGUGGCUAGAACAGCUGCAGUUCCAGAUGAGCUGUUGUUCAGCCAAUUUUUGGGUUCAUUAAAAGGGAUUAUUGAUCAUCCGGGGAGCAUGGGAACAUCAAAUAUCCCGGUAGCAACAAGGGCACCACUUCCCGAUGAAGUCCUAUUGAAUCAUAUGCUGGACUCAUCAAUAUUGGCUCAUGGGAGCAUUGAAGACCAGAGCACCACCUACACCCCGGCUACAACGGGAAUCAUUCCAGAUGAAUCCCCAUUGAAUCAACUGCUAGGAGGAUUAGGGGCGACAUUAGAUGAUCGUGAAAUGAUCCGCACAACCAGCAUAGGGGAAUCCUCAAUACCAGGUGCUUCUCCUUCUUCCCUGUCCACCAUGGAGGCUAGCACUCAGUUACCGAUGCAAGGCAUUGAAGAUCGUGGACUCGCUUCUUUGGAUCCCGAUGCAUUCCACAGUGUGCUCGAUUCGACGGACGAUUUUGGAUUGGCUUACUUCGAAAUGAGAGAUAAUAAUAGGCAUUCUUUCUAG